ACUGUUUUGGUUAGCAUUAGCAUUAGCAUUAGCACUUAGCAUACAGGAAGCUAACUCCAUUUAGUCACAAUUUCAUCAAAAACCUUAAACUAAACCCGGAUUUAUUUUGUAAACUCACGGCGGAGAUUGUUCACAUUAAGUUCGAGACGUUAAUGUUUAAACCGGAGCAGAAUUAUGAUGAUUAUUGGCGGUAAAAGCUGAUCUAAUGUUAGCUUCAAAAAUAAUGUCUGGAUGUUUUUUACAGUUACAGAGGGAGUUUACUGUUUAAACAAACGUAACUUUUACAGGUUCCACCUCUACAGACGAGGAUGAUCUGCCAGUUCUUCAUUCUGUCGUCCAAAGGAGACCACCUCAUUUACAAAGACUUCCGAGGGGAGAACAGCAGCGAUGUGGUUCGAGUGUUUUAUGAAAAAGUCACAGCUCUGCCCGGAGACCAGCCUCCCGUCGUCAUGAAUCAUAAGGAUGUGUAUUUCGUUCACGUGAAACAGGGAGGACUGUUCUGGGUCGUCACCACAAACUCCGCCUCUUCUCCCUUCACCAUCAUCGACUUCAUCAACAAGCUGUGCUCUCUGGUCAAAGAUUACUGUGGGACUCUGAGUGAGCGCUCGGUGCAGCUGAACUUCGCUCUGAUCUAUGAGCUCUUAGAUGAAGUGGUGGAUUACGGGUACAUCCAGACGACCUCGUGUGACGUCCUGAAAAACUUCAUCCAAACUGAAGCUGUGAGCUCCAGAAGCUUCAGCCUCUUCGACCUCAGCAACGUGGCUCUGUUUGGAGCCGAGACUCAACAAAGCAAAGUGGCCCCAAGUUCAGCAGCAACGCGACCCAUUCACCAACGAGAACAGGGGAAGAGUGAGAUUUUCGUGGACGUUGUGGAGAGACUGACCGUCGUGAUCGGAGCAAACGGCAUGCUGAUGAAGGUGGACGUGGAGGGCGAAAUCCGAGUGAAAUGCUACACACCACGAUGCUCCGAGAUGAGGAUCGGUCUAAACGAGGAGUUCAGCAUCGGCCGCUCUCAGCUCAGAGGUUAUGGAGCCGGGGUGAGAGUGGACGAGUGCAGCUUUCACCAGAACGUCAAACUGGACGAGUUUGAGUCCAACCGAAUCCUCAAACUCUGCCCCUCACAGGGAGAGCAGACAGUGAUGCAGUACCAGCUGAGGGAGGAGCUGCCCUGUGCUGCUCCGUUCAGACUUUUCCCCACCGUCGAGAGAGACGCCUCCGGACGAUUACUGAUGUACUUGAAACUGCGCUGUGACCUGCCCCCCAAAAUCGCUGCGAUAAAUGUGGAGGCGUCGGUGCACGUGCCCAAAGGCUCCGUGAGUCUGUCUCAGGAGCUGAGCAGUCCGGACCAGAGCGCGGAGCUGAAGCCUCAAAGCCGCGUGGUCGUGUGGUCCAUCCCAAAGGUCAACGGAGGAACGCAGCUCUCCGCCCUCUUCAAGGUGGACGUGCCGGGCCUGUGCUCCUCAUCUCUCCUGGAGGUGGCGCCAGUGGGGCUCAGCUUUGAGGUUCCCAAAUGGACCUGCUCUGGGCUCCAGGUCCGGUUCCUGAGGCUGAGUCCAGUACAGCCCAGUCCUGGAGAGAGAUGGGUCAGAUACAUCACACACUCAGACUCCUACACCAUCAGGAUCUAAGAGGAAACAGGAAGUGACCUGUGGGCAGGGACAUUUAAAGAGCCAAUCAGGAUCCAAGAGCAAACGGGAAGUGGACUGAGGGCGGGAACUCUAACAGAGCCAAUCGGGAUCCAAGAGGAAACAGGAAGUGGACUGAGGGCGGGAACGCUGAAAGAGCGAAUCGGGAUCUAAGAGGAAACAGGAAGUGACCUGUUACGUUUCAGAUUUGGUCGAGGUUGGGAAUCAUGACAUAACGCUGUAGAAUACCAUAAGUGUUACCUAGCAACCAUGUAGUACACUGGGCCAAAGCUCCUGUAAUGUCACAGAGAUUAAUAUCUGACAAAUAAAAACAAAAAACACCUUCA